AUGGUUUGGGAGUAGAAGCUGUUGAGAAGCCUCUUGCACCUAGACUUGGCCCUCCUGUACCACUUGCCGUGCGGUACCAGAGAGGACAGUCUAUGACUAGGGUGGCUGGGGUCUUUAACAAUUGUUAGGGCCUUCCUCUGACAUUGCCUGGUAGAGAGGUCCUAGAUGGCAGGAAGCUUGGCCCCAGUGAUGCACUGGGCCGUGCGCACUACCCUCUGUAGUGCCUCGCGGUCGGAAGCCAAGCAGUUGACAUACCAGGUCGUGGUGCAACCAGUCAGGAUGCUCUCGAUGGUGCAGCUGUAGAACCUUUUGAGGAUCUGAGGACCCAUGCCAAAUCUUUUCAGUCUCCUGAGGGGGAAUAGGUUUUGUCGUACCCUCUUUACAACUGUCUUAGUGUGCUAGGACCAUGAUAGUUUCUUGGUGAUGUGGACACCAAGGAACUUGAAGCUCUCAACUUGCUCCACUACAGCCCCGUCGAUGAGAAUAGGACGUGCUCGGUCCUCCUUUUCCUGUAGUCCACAAUCAUCUCCUUAGUCUUGAUCACGUUGAGGGAGAGGUUGCUGUCCUUGCACCACAUGGCCAGGUCUCUGACCUCCUCCCUAUAGGCUAUCUCGCCAUUGUCGGUGAUCAGGCCUACCACUGUUGCGUCAUCGCCAAACUUAAUGAUGGUGUUGGAGUCGUGCCUGGCCGUGCAGUCAUGAGUACAGGACGGGACUGAGUACACACCUCUGAGGGGCCCCUGUGUUGAGGAUCAGCAUGGCGGAUGUGUUGUUACCUACCCUUACCACCUGGGGGCGGCCCGUCAGGAAGUCCAGGAUCCAAAUGCAAAGGGAGGUGUUUAGUCCCAGGGUCCUUAGCUUAUUGAUGAGCUUUGAGGGCACUAUGGUGUUGAACGCUGAGCUGUAGUCAAUGAACAGCAUUCUCACAUAGGUGUUCGUUUUGUCCAGGUGGGAAAGGGCAGUGUUGAGUGCAAUAGAGAUUGCAUCAUCUGUGGAUCUGUUAGGGCGGUAUGCAAAUUGGAGUGGGUCUAGGGUUUCCGGGAUAAUGGUGUUGAUGUGAGCCAUGACCAGCCUUUCAAAGCACUUCAUGGCUACAGACGUGAGUGCUACGGGUCGGUAGUCAUUUAGGCAGGUUGCCUUAGUGUUCUUGGGCACAGGGACUAUGGUGGUCUGCUUAAAGCAUGUUGGUAUUACAGACUCAGACAGGGAGAGGUUGAAAAUGUCAGUGAAGACACUUGCCAGUUGGUCAGCGCAUGCUCGCAGUGCACGUCCUGGUAAUCUGUCUGGCCCUGCGGCCUUGUGAAUGUUGACCUGUUUAAAGUUCUUACUCACAUCGGCUGCGGAGAGAGUGAUCACACAGUCGUGCGGAACAGCUGGUGCUCUCAUGCAUUUUUCAGUGAAACAUGCCUCGAAGCGGGUAUAGAAGUAGUUUAGCUCGUCUGGUAGGCUUGUGUCACUGGGCAACUCUCGGCUGUGCUUCCUUUUGUAGUCUUUAAUGGUUUGCAAGCCCUGCCACAUCUGACAAGCGUAGGAGCCGGUGUAGUGCGAUUCGAUUGUAGUCCUGUAUUGACGCUUUGCUUCGUCGGAGGGCAUAGCGGGAUUUCUUAUAAAGUUCCGGGUUAGAGUCCCGCUGCUCUAGCCUUAAGCUAAUACUCGGAUGUUGCCUGUAAUCCAUGGCUUCUGGUUGGGGUAUGUACAUACGGUCACUAUGGGGAUGACAUCAUCGAUGCACUUAUUGAUGAAGCCAAUGACUGAUGUGGUGUACUCUUCAAUGCCAUCGGAGGAAUCCCGGAACAUAUUCCAGUCUGUGCUAGCAAAACAGUCCUGUAGCUUAGCAUCUGCUUCAUCUGACCACUUUUUUAAUGACCAUUUCACUGGUACUUCCUGCUUUAAUUUUUGCUUGUAAGCAGGAAUCAGGAGGAUAGAAUUGUGGUCAAAUUUACCAAAUGGAGGGAGAGGGAGAGCUUUGUACGCGUCUCUGUGUGUGGAGUAAAGGUGGUCCAGAGUUUUUUCCCUCUGGUUGCACAUUUAAGGUGCUGAUAGAAAUUUGGUAAAACGGAUUUAAGUUUCCCUGAAUUAAAGUCCCCGGCCAUUAGGAGCGCCUCCUCUGGAUGAGCGUUUUCCUGUUUGCUUAUGGCGGAAUACAGCUCAUUGAGUGCGGUCUUAGUGCCAGCAUCAGUCUGUGGUGGUAUGUAGACAGCUACGAAAAAUACAGAUAAAAACACUCUAGGUAAAUAAUGUAGUCUACAAAUGAUCAUGAGAUACUCUAUCUCAGGCGAGCAAAACCUCGAGACUUCCUCAUAUAUUGUGCACCAGCUGUUGUUUACAAAUAUACAUAGUCCGACCCCCCCUUGUCUUACCAGACGAUGAUGUUGUUUUAUCCUGCUGAGACAGCGUAUAACCAGCCAGCUGUGUGUUGAUAAUGUCGUCGUUCAGCCACGACUCCGUGAAGCAUAAGAUGUUACAGUUUUUAAUGUCCCGUUGGUAGUUUAAUCUUCCUCGUAGGUCAUCGAUUUUAUUUUCCAAUGAUUGCAUGUUAGCUAGUAGAACGGAAGGCAGUGGGUGUUUAUUCGAUUGCCUACGAAUUCUCAGAAGGCAUCCCGACCUCUGUACUCUUUUUCUGCGUCUUCUCUUCACGCAAAUUAUGGGGAUUUGGGCCUGUUCCCGGGAAAGCAGUAUGUCCUUCACGUCGGGGUCGUCGGACUCGUUAAUGGGAAAAAAAGCUUCUGCCAGUUCGUGGUGAGUAAUCGCUGUUCUGAUGUCCAGAAGUUAUUUUCGGUCAUAAGAGAUGGUAGCAGCAACAUUAUGUACAGAAUAAGUAAAAAAAUAUGUUACAAAUAAUGCAAAAAACAAACAAAAACACAUUUGGUUAGGAGCACGUAAAACGUCAGACAUCUUCUCCGGCGCAUUCUCCGUCCGUUAGUACGUUUGUCACAUGCGAUAUCUUAGACAGCACUAGCCUGAUUCUGACUCAACUUGGGUGAAUGAUGUGUCUUGCCAUAGAGAUCCAGCAUUAAAAAAUUACACGGAUUGGCCAGAUGGGGCGCUAUAACAAGCGAUUGAAAAUUCGGACUUUUAAAUGUCAUGCCCCUCACCCCAUUUUACCUAAAGUCAUGAAAUGUGGUACAUUGGUCCCUCUCCUCACAAGGAAGACAUUUGCUUCAGAGAUCCAUAAGGUCCGGCAUGAUGGAUUUUUUGCCAUUUAGAAUUUUGUGAAAAACACUUAAAAUGCUACUCUUCUGGCACUGAAUGACCGAUCUGCACAAACCUUGAUAUGUGGCUUAUAUGGACAAAUGUCUCUCCACGCAAUAUUUUCCAGACUACUACCUAAAACAACAUGAUCAUUAAGCAAUAAUCAUUCACCGGGGCAUGGUCAUGGUCAAAAUUUGGUACAGAUGUUGCAAACACUGUCAAGACUCAACAUAGCCAAGAACAUUCACAUCGACCAUACGGUGGCGCUAUAACGGGCACAUGUUUUGUUACUUUCAGUAUAGUCCAGUUUGAAUUGUUGUCACUAAUUGGUCCAAAGGGGAGGGUGCUGCAUCAUUCGUGGGGGACAAUGUUUACUGUUUUUGCUUACAGUUGCCUUGUUCUUUUUAACUCUGCAUUGUUGGGAAAAGCUCGUAAGCAAGCAUUUCACGGCAAAGUCUACACACGCUGUAUUCGGCGUAUCAGACAAAUUAAAUGUGAUUUUAAUUACAUUUUUCUGUCUCUUCUCUCUCUUUACAUGAUGUGUACACAUGCGCACACAGGGAGAGUGAACUUGCGUUGGUCCAGGCAGCUCACCUAGGGCUGUUUGAUUCAGGUCUGCCUUUUUUAAAACCUACCCUCGAGCUAGUAGGCAAUGGCACCUGCUCAGUUCCAGGUGAAUUUCAAUUAUCAAAACACAGUACUCCCUACCCCACUAAAAACCAUGCACACCACUAAUUCAUUCCAAGCUGACAGAAAUAUAGUAACAGUACAUGACUAUCAUUUAUGCAAAGAAAAUAAUUCAAGCUAUAGAGGAGUUAUCCCUCUUAGAUUCACAUGGUACUUUUAAGCCAUGUUCACAUUGGCAGUUUGAAUUGACUCAAAUCAAUUUUUUUUGCAAAUCCGAUUGCAAAUCCGAUACAGCCCAUGCACAUGGAAUCAGAUGUUUCAAUUCACAUUUCAAACCACCUUCAAAGGUGCUUUGAAGUCAGAUAGAAAUCUGAUUCCUGGCCAGGUGAUUUGUGUCUGAAUGGUAAAAUCUGAUUUAUUUGCCCUCAAGUGGUUUAUUAACUUUUAUUUGGCAUAUAUUGUUGCUUGCUAGCUACUCUGUUGAGAGUUUGACAAGACCAUAUGGUAGCUAAUUAUCUUGUUAAUUGCUUACAAACAAAUUAGUGAAUGUUCUAGGAAGCUUAACAGCUACCUAGCUGGCUAGUUGACUGCCUUGGCUGGCCAAAAAUGACUCAUUUUGACAGUUGGAUCAUCUUAUACUUUGACGCUUUAAAAGUGUUCUUUGAGCAUUCAAAGCAACUGGGAAACGUCCAUGGCAGAAAUUGUUGUCAUCUUAGCUUGCUACAUAACUUCUGAGUGAUGGGAAGCACGAGCACCACCACCAAUUUGCCAACACCACUGUGAACACACCUGUCGUUACCAUGACUAGCAUAGCCAUGUCAGCAAAUGACAAAUCCUAUUUGGUCACUUGUAACUUGCUAUUUGGACAGUAAGUAUUUCAAAACGGAUUUGAAAAACAAAACUGAUUUGAGCAUUAAGGCCUGCAGUGUGAACACUUCUUUAGAUGGGCGAGUGGUGUGGAUUUCAGGAUUUCUCAAAAUCCUUCAUUUUCUAAUUGGACCAAUUUUACACUUUGAUAAUAUGAUAUUUGCAUAUCAACCAGUGAACAAACAGUGGCUCCAGGUUUUCCAGCAGCAGGUUUGGAGGUGUGCUGCCUUUUGUUUACAGUUUACAAGACUCUCUUCCUGGUACGCUAGCAUCACAGGAACCUGUUGACAGAGCCAAUUGGACAAAGGUGCAAUGCAAACAGGCCAGGGGAAAAGACCAGGUUGUUCCACAGUUUGAAAAGGGUUAAUGUGGCUGAGAUGGCAGAUAAAGCUUAUUGUGAACAACACCAGCCUCAGGUUAUACAGCCCCCCCCCCCCUCACCCACCCACCCCUCUCAAUAAAGAGCAGCAGAUGUAGACAAUUACUUCCCCCUGUGACGCAGAGUGAGCUCAGGUCAGGGAGUGUGUACAGUAUGUGUGCGUGCGUGCAUGUGUUUGUGAGGGGGCUGUGACUACCCUAUGAAAAAAGGGCAGCCACAAGAGGACUUAAAUAGAGCAACAGGAGGAUGAGAUGACCACUUGUAUCCGAUGUGGAUCUGCAGGAUGUAUCUGAAGGUAAGAGGUCUUGACUCAGGUCGAAUUGGACUUAAGGGAUCCUCAACACUUUACUAUAGACCUAACUGAAAUUGAUGAAGGAUGAGGCUAAUCAAUUUUGGAAAUGUUAAUUAUAGUUUGUUCUGUAAUCAUUAAAGGUGCGAAUAAUGCAUGGAAUAUGACUCAGCAUGAAUUGUAAUGUUAUCCAUUGGUUUGUUCCCACCAGUUACGCAUGGUAACCAUGGGCUAUAUGAUGUGUCAAUAUAGUAAUGUAAGAUGUCUGAAGAUAAGAGUAAGAUUUAGAUUUCUCUGCAAACCUAAUUUGCAGAAAUUAUCAACUUAAUCCGUAAUCACCUCUGUUACUGAAAGUCAUCGUGAUUUUCAUAGAAGAUUGGUACUGUGUGUACUGUGUGUACUAUUUGUUCUUGACUAGCAAGUGGUAAAACGAGACAUGAUGGAGCUGUGAGAUUAGACAUUUGUUUAACAUAUGGACCAGUCCUUAUUUACAGUAUGUGAGCACCACGGCAGGCAAGCAGGCUGCACUUUACCUUGAUCAGAACAGAACACAGCAGGCAGGGUUCUGAGAGGGACCUGGAGGAAGUCUAAUCCUAUUGCUGAGAGAAAAAAAAACAUCCUCGGAGCCAAAUGUCUCUCCAGAAAUACCAUGCCUGACCAUCCAGGCAGCAGCCACCAGUUCACUCCAUUAGCUACCACAUCCCAGCUUAUUAAAUUGAAAUGGAUGGUGCAUGAGUGGUGGCUGCAGGGCAGGGAUAGGUAACGUUGGAGGUAGUACACUCACAGAGAGAUGAGACCCCUUCAGAUCAUUUACUAUUAAGGUUUUAUAUUUUCAGAUGAAAAGACUAUACCUGGGGUAGGUUAUCUGUAGUUAGUUUAGGACUAACUCAAAUGUAGUGGUGUAACGAUAAUGUACAGACACGGUUGUGGGGACAUAUUGUUGUGACUAAUGUUGAUGUUGUCAAAUAUGUUUUAAUAAUCAGCAUAUCUGGUUCUCAUCCGAAAAAGAGAAUUGUUCUGUAGCUAUUGGCCCAGGGAACGUGGAGAGCUAUGCCACUAUUCAACCCCUUGGCGUGGGUGCGGGAGUGGCUGCGACAGAGCAGAGGCUCCUCCAGAUUGGUGCUGGUGGUCGUGUGUGUUGCCCUGCUACUGGAUAACAUGCUGCUUACUGUUGUCGUGCCCAUCAUCCCAACCUUUUUAUAUGCCCUUGACCACCCGACACAAGACCCCUUCAUCCAGCCAAGCACACAGAGGCCAUCUGAGGAGGGCUUCACAUUGGCCUCGGUCCACUCCUUCUACGACAACACUUCCUACAGCCUCAGAGGCUCUAAGAGCAACCUGUCUGAGGCCCUCCUCUUCAACAUCUCCAGAAACUCCAGCCAGGUGAAAGGCAGCACAUGCCAGGAGGACAGUGCCUUCUUGGACAAGGAGAAUGUUCGUGUGGGACUCCUCUUUGCUUCCAAGGCUCUGGUGCAGCUUCUGAUCAACCCCUUUGUAGGUCCCCUGACCAACAGGGUUGGAUAUCACAUACCAAUGUUUGCUGGCUUCAUCAUCAUGUUUGUUUCAACAAUAAUGUUUGCCUUUUCAGGUACAUACGCCUUGUUGUUUUUUGCUCGCUCUCUUCAGGGAAUUGGUUCCUCUUUCUCCUCUGUGGCAGGGCUGGGAAUGUUGGCCAGUGUGUACACAAAUGAUGAGGAGAGAGGCGUAGCCAUGGGGAUCGCUCUGGGUGGACUGGCCAUGGGUGUCCUCAUUGGAGCGCCAUUUGGCAGUGUGAUGUAUGAAUUUGUGGGGAAGACUGCUCCUUUCUUAAUCUUGGCUUUUCUUGCAGUAUUUGAUGGAGCGUUACAGCUUUGUAUACUUCAGCCAUCAAAGAUUUCACCAGGAAGUGUGGAGGGCACUCCUUUGCUGACCCUACUGAAGGACCCCUACAUUCUCAUAAGCGCAGGCUCUCUGUGCUUCGCCAACAUGGGAGUUGCCAUUCUGGAGCCCACACUUCCCAUCUGGAUGAUGCAGACCAUGUGCUCUCCCAAAUGGCAGCUUGGGAUGGCUUUCCUACCAGCAAGCAUUUCUUACCUUAUUGGCACCAAUUUAUUUGGUUUGUUGGCUAACAAAAUGGGAAGGUGGCUGUGCUCCAUGAUUGGAAUGUUUAUUGUUGGCAUCAGUCUCCUUUGCGUUCCUUUUGCAAAGAACAUCUAUGGUCUUAUUGGUCCAAAUGCAGGCCUGGGGUUUGCUAUUGGAAUGGUGGACUCCUCUAUGAUGGCCAUAAUGGGAUACCUGGUGGAUAUUCGCCAUGCCUCGGUCUACGGCAGUGUUUACGCCAUAGCUGAUGUCGCAUUGUGUAUGGGUUUUGCCAUUGGUCCUUCGAUAGGGGGCUCCUUGGUCAGGGCCAUUGGAUUUCCUUACCUCAUGGUAUUCAUUGGCAUCAUCAACAUCUUCUACGCUCCACUGUGCUUCUUCCUGCGUAAUCCUGCCAUCAGGGAGGAGAAGAUGGCCAUCAUAGACCAGGAAUGCCCUCUGCACAGGAAGAGCUACAACACACAGAAGGAGUGUCGAGAGUUCCCUUUGAGUGACGAGAGCGAGGAGGAAACGGAGGAGUAACAUGCUCCUUGUCAACCCAACACACACAUUUUUUUUACAGUGAAAGAGCAGAGGCAUUGUUCAUAAUGCCUUUGAAUUGACAUGAUGUCUAGAAAAUACAUUUUGUUAGCACUUAUCUGUAUUCAAAGUUUCCUAAUGACCUCUGUACUUAGUUUAUUACUGGAAAUAACAAACAAUGGCACCUGUGUUUUUAAUAUGGCAUGUAUAGUGACAGUAGUGUUUGCAUUUUAUUGUGUGUGUGUGUGUGUGUGUGCAUGUGUGUGUGUGUGUGUGUGUGUGUGUGUGUGUGUGUGUGUGUGUGUGUGUGUGUGUGUGUGUGCGUGUGCGUGUGCGUGCGUGUGCGUGUGUGUGUGUGUGUGUGUGUGUGUGUGUGUGUGUGUGUGUGUGUGUGUGUGUGUGUGUGUGUGUGUGUGUGUGUGUGUGUGUGUGCAUGAACUUGGUUACUUUCAGUUACUCUCUGUCAGAUGUCUGUGAAUAAUUUAGCUUAAUGUACUAAGAGGUAAAAGGAACACUUGUGCAGGCUCAACAAACAUUAAAACCUACUAUAAGCUUGAAAAUUAUGUCUUUACAUACAUUUGGCAUUUGAUUGUAGCUACGUUUAUGUUCCUUUGUUGAGCCUACCUUAUGAAUCAGUAGCUUUCAAUGUUUGAAAUAUGAACGUCAAGAUAUGUUCAAUGUGUAUCCGGAUAACUAAUUGGUCUAGAUCCAGAACAAUGCUUAUUCCUAGGCCUACUCCUAAUUGCUGAAUAUAACCUAUCCACGAUCAUGAAAGCGGAAUAUUUAAUUCACAUCGCUCGACUAGAGAACAAUGCUUGUUCAGAGCUCAUAAAAGCUCAGAGCUUUCAGUUCAAAUGCUGUAACAUGUAAUAUCCUCUCUUCUAGUGUGUCUCCCUGUAUCAACCAAUCGGCUGCUGUCUGGUAUAGUGCAAGAGCUAUCUCGCCUCACCUUUAAUUUCCUCUUUGGCUGUAGCAAGUCUCUGUCCCAAAUGGCACCCUAUUCACUAUGUAGUGCACUACUUUGACCAGGACCCAUAGGGCUCUCGUCUAAAGUAGUGCACUAUAUAGGGGAUAGCCUAGGGUCCCAUUUGGGACACAUCCUCUGUGUUGGGUCGGUUUACUUCUAACCAAGGAGUGGAAAUUAUGAACACAAAGAGGCAAAGAUGAGAUAAAGAGAGCAAGAUUGGCAUCGUUGUGGCUAAAAGGCCUCAAAUCUUCUUGGCCCACAUAAAUAACAUAUUGCCACUACAAGCUCAUGUGAUGCGAAGCAAAUUGUCAAAGCCAAAGUAUAUAUUUGAUUGCACGUUAUAAAUGCCAAAUGAAGUCUUAUUAAAUGUAUCUGGAAAACAAAAUAAAAAGUAAACUACAAUGAAUCAAGAGGAACACUCCAAUUUUACUCUUUAUACUGUAGUUUGAAUAAAGGAACGUUUCACCAGAAGACUCAAAUGAGAGGCUAUUUCAAAAUGGUGGAAGUUUUAUUUGAGACGCCACAUUUUAUUUUUAUUUAACUAGGCAAGUCAGUUAAGAGCAAAUUCUUAUUUUCAAUGACUGCCUAGGAACAGUGUGUUAACUGCCUUGUUCAGGUGUAACGGUCCUGACCUGUUUUAUGUUGUUUUUUAUAUGUUUAUGGUCAGGGCAUGUGUUUUGGGUGGGCAGUCUAUGUUAUCUGUUUCUAUGUUGGUUUUGGGUUGCCUGGUAUGGCUCUUGAUUAGAGGCAGGUGGUUUGCGUUUUCCUCUAAUUAAGAGUCAUAUUUAGGUAGGGCGUUCUCACUGUUUGUUUGUGGGUGAUUGUCUCCUGUUUCUGUGUCAAUGUUACACCAUACGGGAUUGUUUCGGUUUGUUCGUGCGUUUAUGUAGUCUGUUCCUGUGUCGGCGUGCUUCGUGUAUUUGUAAGUUCGUUUGUUCAGGUCUGUCUACAUCGUUUUGUUAUUUUGUUAGUUAUAUCAAGUAUAGUUCGUUUUCGUCUUAGUUUGGUCUGUUUUGUUUAUUUAAUAAAUAAUCAUGUAUUCACAA